CUUCAGAUAUCUCCUGCAUCCUCGCCAUUAGUGCGGUGGCUUGCUGAUUUGAUGCAAGAUUAAAUUGUUUCAAGUGCAUUAUAAACCAAAAAUUGAAUUUGUUGUAAAAGAUAGAUUUCGAAAUAAAUAUGGAUCCAGACGCGUUCAUAGAAAAGCUAAAAAAUGAGUCGAUGAUGAGAUUGUACUUGGGUGUGAUGGUGUUCCUGGGACUGACGGCUGGGCUGGUGUUCUACAUACAGCAUGAGUCCUACAAGAUUCCACCUAUGGAUCAGUGCACUUCAGAACUGCAAUCGACAAAGCGGCAGCUCGAAGUUGAGACGGAAUAUAAGAAUCGGAUUGAGAAAAUGCUAUCGGAUACGCAGGAGUACUAUGAGGCUGACAAGGAACAGUUCAAAACAUCGAUGGAAACUUGCUUCGCGAUGACGCAGCAAUCCUUUCUCUGCCAGAAUCAGAUGAAUGAUUUGCAUAUCAAAUGCAAUAAGGUCCGAUCAGAUUACGAGAAAGCUAGCAGGGAGCUUGAGGAAAUCAAGUGUAGCAAGAAUCCGGCAUAAACUGGACAGUAGCAGCAUGACACUGGAGCCCGAUGACAUGGAUCAGUUGUAAUCAAUAAUCAUUAAAUAGCAUACAGCUCGAUAUCUAGAUGUAAACCAUUUUCCUGAAUAUAUGAGUAACAUAACAGAGAUGUUAUGGAUUUUCAGCAAUUACGAAAAUCUACCUAUUGGCGAAUUUCUUGUUUUAUAUUAGGCUGAGUGACAGUAUGAUUUAUUCAAAUAUUAUUUUCUAUUAUAAAAACAAAAGUAAAAUCGGGACCGCUUCUUGCGCAUAUGUUGAGCCCAUAUGCGCAUGAAUCUGUCCGAAUAUAAAAUUCGAAUUUUUACUCAACAACCAUAUUAUGUUUAAUCUAUAAACCUAUUGUCGGUAUUAUCCUGUUCGAAAUAUUUUAUGUCCCAUGUGAAAAUCUCUAACAUUUCUCACAGUUUAAUCAAAACAUUAAGGUUAAUAUACAUGUGUUCUUUAUUCUAUAACUAUUAACAUAUUAGGAACAAGGUCCUGCUGGAGCGACUUCUGUGUAAUACUGAAAUAUCACUUACUCAAAUAUCAAAUAGAUAGAUAUCUAUUCUUCCAUUUGUGUACUCCUUUCUGCCAAUUUCGUAUUAUUUGUGAUAAAAUCUGUAUAUUUUUUAUAUUAUACAUCUAAUUCUGUAUAAGUUUUCUUGCGACUGAUAAAUAUUUUAUUAAGAUAUAGUUGUAUGGCGUGUUAUUUUUAUUCGAAUUGCUUUAAUAAAGUAAGGGGGAAGGAAAGUAGGUGAAUAUGGACAAACUUAAGUAUUUAAGGAAAUGUAUUCAACAGGCGUGUGAUAGAUACGAUUAGAAUUGGUAGACUUAGUAAACUUACAAGAAUGAUGCACAGCAAGUUGGGUUUGCAAUUUUCAUUUGUAUUAUCUCUUUUUAUUAUUAAUUGUAUCUCCUGUGAAAGCGGGCAAUCCCUUUUUAAGACCCACACAAUAUGUUACAUUUCAAAAGUGUUUUAACGUAUAUUGCAUUUAUUAAUCAAGCACUUUAUCUGGAGGAAUAGUUAUAAUCAAAGUAUUUAUAGUGUAAGUUAAUUCUAAUCGUGAUUUUAACGAUAUAUCUUGUAGGAUAAUUAUCUGAUACAACGCGACGAUUGUCAGCAACUAUUUUCUUAAAAUGUAAUUGGAUUAUAUUUAUUCUAGAGUAGUUGUUGUAUGUUCUUUAAAGUUUUAAAUAAAGUAUACGUAAGUA